AUUUCCCAUUAAAAGUUUAUUCCUAGUGCGUCAGCCAGCAUACUUCGCAAAAUAAAAGUACCAGGACGAGUUUUCAGUAAAGAUACGCCCCUAACAUCAUGAAGAGACCUUGGAGGAGUGCAUAAAUACUGGUACCUUAUAUUAUUUUCGUGUGUUUCAGUAUCAGUCUUCAGAGUUGCAUCACGUGAACAAAUUUCACAUAAAUAAACAAUUUGAUAUUUCAAAUCGAAUUAACAAACCGGAUAACCAGUGUGAUAACCAAAAGUUUUGAGUAAAAGGACUCAGAAAAUUUUUGAGAUGGACUCUGAGCAGUUUCGUGAGUUUGGAAAAGCCGCAGUGGAUUAUAUAGCGGAUUAUUUCGAUACUAUCAGAGACAGGCCAGUUCUUCACUCAGUCCAACCAGGAUACUUAGAGGAGCUCUUACCCAAAGAAGUACCUAGAACGGGAGAGACCUGGCAAACUGUUCUUCGAGAUGUCGACAAACUAAUUCAACCAGGAAUAACUCACUGGCAUCAUCCCAAUUUCCAUGGGUAUUUUGCCGCAGCCAACUCGUUUCCAGCCAUAGUUGGUGAAAUGAUGAGUGCAGGAUUCACGUCAAUCGGUGUAAACUGGAUGGCUAGCCCAGCCUAUACCGAACUGGAGAUGGUUAUGAUGGAUUGGCUUGCUAAACUGUUGAACUUACCCGAAAUAUUUCUCAAUUCUUCGAAUGGACCAGGUGGGGGAGUCCUUCAAGGAUCAGCCAGUGAAACAACUCUGCUAUGCUUGUUGACAUCCAGGGAGAGGAAAAUUCAAGAACUUCAAACUGAAAAUCCAGACCUCAAAGUGGAGGACAUAUUGGGUAAAUUGGUGGCUUACUCAUCUGACCAAUCUAACUCUUCUAUAGAACGAUCAGGUCUCCUUGGAGCAAUGCCAAUGCGGCUUCUUCCAUCGGAUUCCACCGGAAAGCUACGUGGAUCAACGCUUCUUGAAGCUAUCAAAGCCGACAAAGAGAAAGGACUGAUCCCGUGUUAUGUUGUUGCCUGUCUCGGAACAACGCCAACAUGUUCUUUCGACGACCUGAGUGAAUUGGGGCCAAUUUGCGAGGAAGAGAAAGUGUGGUUGCAUGUAGAUGCUGCUUAUGCUGGUGCUGCCUUCGCUUGCCCUGAAUAUCGACACCUCAUGAAGGGUGUGGAAUUUGUGGACUCCUUCAAUUUCAAUCCUCACAAAUGGAUGUUAGUGAAUUACGACUGUUCAGCGAUGUGGCUCAAAGACGCGAGGUGUUUGAUAGACUCGUUCAACGUUGACAGAAUUUAUCUCAAACACAAUAAACUACCAGACAUUCCUGAAUACCGACACUGGCAAAUCCCCUUGGGAAGGAGACUGAGGGCUAUGAAGCUGUGGUUUGUAUUGAGAAUCUAUGGAGUUGAAGGAAUUCAGAAGUACAUACGAGGACAUAUCUCCCAAGCAAAAUAUUUUGAAAAGUUAGUGCGAAGUGAUAGUAGAUUUGAAGUUGUUACAUCUAUUCUGGGAUUGGUUUGUUUCCGACUGCAAGAUGACUCCUCUACUCAAAAAUUAUUGGAUAAAUUGGUGGAGAGAGGCAAAUUAUUUUUAAUUGCCGCAACUUUCGAUAAGAAGCGAGUGAUAAGGUUUGCUGUCUGCAGUAGGUAUUCGGAGAAAAGAGAUAUGGAUUUUGCCUGGAACGAAAUAUUAUUGGUAGCCGAUUCGGUUGUACCUAAAAGGAAGAGGAAAUUCAACCACUCACAUUAUUUGCUUGAGGAAAACAUAUGUUUUUCCGAUAGUUUGAAAAUCAAGAGGAAAAUGUUGUGUGAACCUCUACCUUUUACCAAAGAUUUGUGAUUUUUAUUUAUAGGAACUCUAGCCCAGGUGUUUUGUAAGAUAUUUAUGUAACUUCAGAUGGAACUGUAGGUGAUAAUUUUAUCAGUGUUUUAAGAAUGUCGAUGAUGGAACCGUUUCUGCAAACGAAACAAUGGUUGAUCAAAAUUACGACAUUUGAAAGUGAGUAGCGAUGAAUUAUUUUUCAAGAAAAAACUUUUUUUUUGACGAAGUUGAAUUUGAUUAAAAUUUGAUAAAACUGAGAAGCGGAAUGGUUCCAACACCAAACAGUAUUUAUUUUUUCUUAGGCUGCCAAAACGACGCAAAUAAUAUAGAGACAAUAUACUCUAUUCAGAGUUGAAGUAAUUGUAUUUAUUUUAUCAUUUUCACUAUUUAUUCUUCUCUCAGAGCAGCGUAUAUGUCUUCAGAGAAAAAAGAACAGAAUCCAAUUCGAUUUGUCCGCUAUGGUGGAAAAUUGAAGAAAACACUUCUGCUGCAAUAAAUAUUCGAUGGUCAUGAAAAUAAACAGUAUAAGAUAUUUCUUGAUAGUAUGAAAUCGAAAGAAUAUUCAACAUCGAUGAAACAAUCAAAAGUAUUUCGAUUUCAUAUUUCAGAAAUUUAUUAAACGAGAGUAUUGAUCAUGGAAGUUACUAAGCUAUGCGUCAGUAGCAUUUCGAAUGUUGAUUAACUUGAUUAACUUGUAUGAUAAUAUAAUGUAUUUGAGCUUUUUUUAGUAUUUCAGUGGAUGAGAUUAUUUAUUGAUUAUUUAAUACAUAUAUGUAAUAUAA